CCCCCCCCUCCAAACGUUGUCUAGGCAGUUUCAUUACAUUACAGGUAGUCAGCGGAAGAUGAACAGCUUGUAAUCCGUCACGGUGUGUACGUCAGCGCGCGGGCAUCCUCGUGCAAAACACUUAGUCUACGUCGUGGUCGCGGGCAGCCGGGCGACGCAAUGCCGAAAACGCGGCAGCAAACGAAUCCCUUCUCGCCGAGAAACGGCCAAAAACCAUGAAAAAAGACUUGCGAUCGCCUUUUUUGGCGCAGUUUCGAGCCGAUCGGGCCACCGCAGUGUCGGAUAUCAUCGUCCGUGUGACCGCCGACGAUCUGAGACAAAAAGCAGGGCGAAUAUCGCGCUGAAUGUCUAGGACUUUUUGUUGUAUGCCUUCCCAGCCACCACGGCGGGCAUAUGCGGGGAUUCGGCAGCUGGCGCUCCAACAGCUGCUGAAGUCAAUUCCCCUUCAAUAUUAUUAUUUUUAGAGGCAGCCUGAGCCAAACUCCCCAGUCAUCAGGCAGCCUCGCAGCCCGCUGUGGUGCACCACAGAGCCACUUUCCGGGCAUUCGAGCAGCUGAGUGAUGCAACCCUGCUUCGAGUAUAAAAAGGCCCAAACGCACGCGACCGCGGCGGCCGCCACUGGCAUCCUCAAUUACUUUUGUGCGGGUGCCAGACAAUAUAUUCGACCUCUUCUCUUUGGUUCGAAGUGGCAGUGCCAGUGGUCACGCUUAGGGCCUCAGGCUCGGGCGCGUCGCCACUACGUGGGUUCCGAGCCUGAGUCCGCCGAGUCGACGGUGACUCGGACUCGGACGACUGGCACUUUUAAGUUGACCCCGUUUCAUUGCUGCGAGCUCGUACGCUCGUGCAUCUUUACGCGAGAUUUCAGU